ACCUGGCUUAGGAGCUUUGUGACCUUGAGCAAGAGACUCAAUCUCUCUGAGCUUCCGUCUCAUCUGCGAAGCAGGGUACCCUAAUAAUGGUAACCAGAAACGCCCCGAAACUACCUUCUCGUACCAGGUUCUUGGUGAAGCACUUGGCACUCAUCGGAGCUCAUUACUCCUCAUCGUGGCCCCGUAAGGUAGGUAGGGCUGUCACCCCAUUAGACAGAUGGGGAAACCGAGGCUGAAAGAGGCCAGGUAAGCUACCCAAGGCAACUGGUGUGGAAUUGGGAUGCAACCCAGGUCUGUCUUCCUCCACCAAUUUCAUGACUGUGAGAAUUAAGAGGGAACUUAUAUGCAAAGUGCCUGUCACACUCCCUAAUGUUUCCUUCCUUCUCUCUUUCCCCACUCCCUCCUUUCCUUCCUCCCUUCAGGAAGUUUGGGGCUGAGACCCAAAAAGACCUGGGUGCAAGCCUCCAGGCACCCUGAAGGGAGUGGGCUGAGGGCUGGCCCAGGUUCCCUCCUCUCCCUCUGCAGAGCCUAGGAUGCCCCUCCACUGCAGCGGCUCCUGAGCUCAUGGAGCCCUCGGCCACCCCAGGGGCCCAGAUAGGGUUCCCCCCUGGCAGCAGAGAGCCAUCCCCUGUGCCUCCAGACUAUGAAGACGAGUUUAUCCGCUAUCUGUGGCGCGAUUAUCUGUACCCAAAACAGUACGAGUGGGUCCUCAUCGCGGCCUAUGUGGCUGUGUUCCUCAUGGCCCUGGUGGGCAACACGCUGGUCUGCCUGGCCGUGUGGCGGAACCACCACAUGAGGACAGUCACCAACUACUUCAUCGUCAACCUGUCCCUGGCUGAUGUUCUGGUGACCGCCAUCUGCCUGCCGGCCAGCCUGCUGGUGGACAUCACCGAGUCCUGGCUGUUCGGCCAUGCCCUCUGCAAGGUCAUCCCCUAUCUACAGGCCGUGUCCGUGUCAGUGGCAGUGCUGACUCUCAGCUUCAUCGCCCUGGACCGCUGGUAUGCCAUCUGCCACCCACUGUUGUUCAAGAGCACAGCCCGGAGGGCCCGUGGCUCCAUCCUGGGCAUCUGGGCUGUGUCGCUGGCCGUCAUGGUGCCCCAGGCUGCAGUCAUGGAAUGCAGCAGUGUGCUGCCUGAGCUAGCCAACCGUACACGGCUCUUCUCGGUCUGUGAUGAACGCUGGGCAGAUGACCUCUAUCCCAAGAUCUACCACAGUUGCUUCUUUAUUGUCACCUACCUGGCCCCACUGGGCCUCAUGGCCAUGGCCUAUUUCCAGAUAUUCCGCAAGCUCUGGGGCCGCCAGAUCCCUGGCACCACCUCAGCACUGGUGCGGAACUGGAAGCGCCCCUCAGACCAGCUGGGGGACCUGGAGCAGGGCCUGAGCGGAGAUCCCCAGCCCCGGGCCCGCGCCUUCCUGGCUGAAGUGAAGCAGAUGCGCGCGCGGAGGAAGACAGCCAAGAUGCUGAUGGUGGUGCUGCUGGUCUUCGCCCUCUGCUACCUGCCUAUCAGUGUCCUCAAUGUCCUUAAGAGAUGGACUCAGCCAGGCCUCGGCACAUGUGGUGCUGCCUCCUCAUGCGGUGCCAAUCCUGUGACGCCGGGACCUCGCCCCUUGACACAAGUGUCUGCUCACAGGCCCAAUGGCCUGAGGAAGGAUAAAAAGAGAAAGCCACAGACUUGGCCAGACAUGCUCCGUCUGCCACCGAGAUGAUUUUAAGGCUGCCAAAGGCCCUGAGCCUUGUUGCCAGAGCGGGACGUGAAGCGCAGUCUGAAGUGCUACUCUGCUGAGAGGAACAGGGAUCUCUGGCAGGGGCCAGCUCUGCUAUGCAUAUACCACCAGGUCUGCUUAACUUGAUUAAUGGAGCUGUGGGCUCCCUCUGACCUCAACCGUCAAGAACGUGGGCAGAGCCUUGGUGCUGCCAGGGACCCGGCCCAGGAGUGUUGGGCACUGCUCCUCCUAAGCACCCCGCUUUACCCAGAGCAGGUGGAAUGUGUGGUCUAAGUAUGCCACCUGCUCUCCACACGACUUACCAGCCCAGCUCUCCGUGGACGGGGCAGAGCUCCAGCUGCUGCCAGGAUGGACUCUCCUGCCCAUUCCACACUCCCACUGGCCUUAGGAUCCAAAGCAGUUGGCACAGUGCAUAGGUAGGCUUGGAGGUGAGUGUGCAGAAUGAGGUAUGAGGGCUGGCCCCCAAGCUCAGAACCAACCGUGCUUACAAGAUCAAUCCAGGUCUUGGUGAGCACAAAGGUGAGAGACUACAACUGGCACCAUCGGGUUUCAGCAGACACUUGGUUCAGUGGGAACAAAGGAACAACAGGCACUGCUCCUGAUGGCUGCACGCUCUGCUGGCUGAACCCAGCACCAUGGGGGGCUUCAGCCCUCCACUCUGGGGGACUCAGAUAAACUGAAGAAACUUCAGGGGAGGUGACCAGGAUGCCGAGGGGAGAGCUGCUCGGUGAGGGACUACUCAAGAGCCCGGGGCUAUCUGGCCCAGGGAAGGGAGGACUUGGGGAAAUGUGGUACCUAGGGUAGGCUCCACUAUGUAGAGGGUUGGCAUGCAUAAAGGGUGAUGUAUGUCCUGGGGGGCCCACAGAGAAAACCACAGCCAACGGUGGUGUCUUCAAGAUGGCAGGAUUUAGAAUCCACAUCAGGAAGCUGUUUCUGCCAGUCAUGGAGGAAAUGGGCUGCCUGGAAAGGCACUGAGUUCUUUGCCUUUGGCGAAGCAGAGGCCAGACGCACACGGGGCUAUGAACGGAAUUUCAGCUCUGGAUGGGGGCUGGCCUCUGGGAACUGGAUUCCAUCUAAUGCUGGGAUUCUAGCACUACAGAGCCCAGAGGAGAAUGCAGCUGACCUGGCUAAGCCCGACACACUGCUGGGCCUCACUGACCUGCAAAACAGUCAGUUACUUCCAACUACCCACUGCAGGGAGGACAGCCCUGCACAGGGCCUCAGAGCUCUUUAUCUCAAAAAGCCAAAAGAUAAUCACCAUUACCCAGAAUAAAGCCCCCUGGCAAACUAGAAUGUCUGGUGUCUUUGGCUUUUGAUUGAAAUGUGGUCAGCUCAUUACAGACACUCGGUGUAGACUGGGUAUUAUGCUGAUCUAAAGAUCUGACUUACAAGUACAGACGUCUGUGCUUAAUAAAAGUGGGGGGAACGUUAUGACUUAAUAAAUGGAGUUUGUCUGGAAGAUAAAACUAGGGCCUGAUAAAAUAGAAAAGGCCAGGCUAUGAAGUUUGAGGUAGCUGCUUUUAACCCAGAAUGCCAGCCCUAAAACUGCUAUGAAAUGGCUUCCUGAAUAGACCUUCAGGCCGUACUGAACUGAACCCGGCAGGCCCCUCCGCUGGCUACCCUAUACUUCACUUCCCUCUGGCAGUGGAGAGGAGCCUCACAUAGGCCAUGUCCCCCCAAGCUGCUGCUUUCUGCAUGGCUUGGUGUAUAGGAUGUACUUAAAUAGUCCCUAAAAGAAUGAGUGGAUGGACCUGUAGCUGAGAAAUCACGGUGGAAAACAUGGAACUCCAGAGUUUCAUCCUUUUAUUGAAGCUUACAAUUUCACUGGACUUUUGGCCCCAAAUGAAAAAAAAAUGCAAAGUAAAAAAAGUAUUGGCAGGGAGAGGUGACCACUGUCUCCUGGAGACCGAAGCCGAGCAGAGCAUGGCAAGCAAGUGAGGGGUCCCAGCUGCGGAGGGCAGAAGCCUGGCCAAAGAUGCCCAGGAAGCAGAUCUGUCUGAGCAGGGCCAGCCCCAGGCAGC